AUGGGCUUGGCCAGGAUCGGUUUAUAUGCCUAUGUCUCCUCCCCCUUGAGGCACGUGAGGGAGGCGGAGCUGGAGUGGCGCAUCCGCCACCCGCCCUUCUGGCGCGCCGCCCUGGGGCGCCUGCGGGAGCUCCGGCCAGAGGUCGGGCUGCAGGAGGCUGUGCGGCUGCUGGCGGUCCUCGCAAGGUUGGGGCCAGAGCUGGCCGACGCAGAGCUGGUGGACCACUGCGAGCGGCUGCUGUCGGAGGCGGAGGGCGAGGCCCUGCUGGACGUCCGCGAUGCCGAGCUCGCGCGCGCCGCGGAGGCGCUCGGCGCCGUGGGGAGGCCGGACGCCAUGGCGCUGGCGUUGCGGCCCGUCAUCGGCCGGGCGCACAGGCUCGAGGGGAGGCUGCUGGUGCGGCUGGUGCGCGCGGCGCGAGCGGCCGAGUGCCCUGCGGCCGCCGAGCUCUCUGACGCGGCCGCGCGCGCGCUGGUGGAGCGCGGGAAUGCCGAGGCGGCCGUGCUGGCGGCCGCCGCGUCGGAGGCGGCCGCGCUGCAGGCGCCGGCGGGCCCCCGGUCGGGGCUCGAGCUGCUGCUGCAGCACUGCGUCCGCCGCGCCCGGGAGGCGCCCGAGGCCUUCCCGCAGGCGGCCCUGGCGCGGGUGGGCCGUGCGGCGAAGGCGUGCGGCCAGGGCGCGCCAGAGCCGCAGACUGCCGGCGGCGCCAGCGGCGCCGUUCUCGUCGGCGUCCCGGGGCCGGGGCCGCCGCAUCGGGGCGCGGCGGCGGCGGCGCAGGGCGCGGCUGCCGCGGCAGGCGGCGGCGGCGGCAGCGGCGCCAGCAGUGGCUGGCUGGGGCCAGAGCCGGCGCAGCGGGCCAGCGCGCCAGCGCCGCAGCCUGGUCUCGGGGGCGAGGGGCCGGACCGCGCGCCGCUGGCAGGGGCGGAAAAGGCUGGCGCAGGGGAGGGCACGG